CUGUCGAGCUGUCGAGUGUCGAGUGCGCUGUCAAAAAUUGAAUAAAAUUCCUAAAAAGUUGUGAUUUUUCUUUUGACUUACGUUGAUUUUUAUCGAAUUUUUUCUAUGGGUAUUUUAUUAAUAUUUAUCGCCAUAAGCGAGUAUUCAAAGUUUGUUACGGAGUUCUCGCGCAUUCAUGAACCUUUAAAAUGCAAUGUGAAUUAUAUUUGUAAAUAUUAGGUUAUGCUGUAUCCUCUAUCCUUUGGCCGUCAAGAGUAAGCCAAAAUGGAUCCCAACAUCUAUGCCUUAGUGCUAGACACACUGAACAGAGCUACUAGUCAAGAUACAGAGGUACUGAAACCAGCUGAGAAGAAACUCCAAGAAUGGGAGAUUGAACCUGGCUUCUAUUCAGUUUUACUGAAUGUCCUGUCGAACCAUACUAUCGACGUGAAUGUCCGAUGGCUGGCCGUGAUGUGCUUCAAGAAUGGCGUGGACCGCUACUGGCGCAGGAAUGCGCCUAAUGCCAUCACGGAGGAAGAGAAACAGAAGCUACGGCAGGGAUUGUUGACGACGCCGGUCCUGAGCGAGCCUGUGUCGCAGAUUGCGACUCAGCAAGCUGUGCUGAUUGCUAAGAUUGCAAGGUUUGACUGCCCAACAAAUUGGCCCAGUCUGCUCCCUGAUCUGAUUGGCGCGAUGAAAGCUCCACAGCCUCUGAUGCAGCACAGAUCCUUGCUGAUAUUCCACCAUGUUGUGAAGGCGCUGGCCUCCAAACGACUACUUGCUGACCGACGAACAUUCCAAGAAUUAACCAAUUCAAUAUAUGGAUUUGUACUGAACCUCUGGCAUGAGAACACGGAACUCUUCCUGCGGCACAUACAAGAGGGGGCAGCCACGGAAAUGAUCACAGAACACUUGGAGAAGGCACUGCUUUGUCUACGGAUACUGAGGAAGUUAACUGUAUUUGGGUUUAAGAAACCUUACGAGUGUCAAGAUGCGGUUGCUUUUCUGAAUGUGGUGUUCGACAGAGCCAAGACCAGUUUGGAGUGCAGGAAGCUUCUCAAAGGGCGCGGCAUCUACCCCCUGGAGCUCUGCGAGAAGUUCAUAAUCCACCUCACAAAAGUGGCGCUAGGCGUGCUGAGUUUCCACCCGUUCUCCUACGUGCCUCUCAUCCGGCCGUCCCUGGAGUUCACGCUGUACUACUGCUUCACGGAGCAGGGCAUGCUGCUUACGUACGAGCGGUUCACGAUACAGUGCCUCAAUAUCGUGAAGGGAAUACUGCAAUGCGCUGAAUAUAAGCUGCCUAAGGGAACGGAACAGGUUAAGGAGCCUUUGACACUCCAAGCACACCAAAUGAAGUCAGAAGUACUGGUCCAGGACACAGUAUGCCACAUGUGCAGACAUUUGGUGACACAUUACUUUUUACUGAGUUCUGACGACCUGGCGCUAUGGGACGCCGAGCCUGAGAGUUUUGCCACCGAUGAGGCUGGCGAAUCGUGGAAAUACAGCUUGAGGCCGUGUACAGAAGCAGUAUUCAUGGAACUAUUCCACGAGUUCCGAGCGGUUCUGGCCCCUGAGCUAGUUCGCUUGUUGGCUUCUUUGCAAGAGAGCCAAGUGUCGCCGGACGACUUGCCCGCCAUUUUGAAGAAGGAUGCCAUUUACAAUGCUGUGGGACUUGCCGCCUUUGACUUGUAUGAUGACGUUGACUUUGACGAGUGGUUUACGAAUGUCCUGAGCCAAGAGAUCAAGGUUACGGAUAAUAACUACAGAAUAAUUAGAAGAAGAGUAUGCCAACUUAUUGGCCAGUGGAGUUGCGUAAGAGCAUCUCAGGCUAUCCGACCGGCAAUGUACACGUGUCUAUUGGAACCUCUCACGCGUUCGGGCGAAGACCCCGCAGUGAAGUUGGCCGCGGCAGAAGCGCUCCGGAGCACAAUGGAUGACUUCAGUUUCGACGUGGAGCAGUUCGAGCCAUUUGUGCCGCAUGCGCUCUCUGCGUUGUAUGAUCUCCUGGUGGAAUGUUCAGAAUGUGAGACAAAGAUGCACGUGUUACACGUGGUAUCAUACGUAACGGAUCGCUGCAAGUGGGUGGUAGCGCGGGGCGGGGGCGAAGGGGCAAGCGCGCUGUUCGCUGCGCUUCCCGCGCUCGCGUUACACGCUGGUCACCAUCACAUGUUACGAGCGGCCGCGCUCGCUGCACUGGUGCAUCUAGUCAAGGCUCUUGGCGAAUGCUCACCAAACGUUCGACCGUGGGUCCUCAACGUCAUAAAUGAGUCGACGAAGCUCAGCGAGCCAGCUCACGUGUACCUAUUAGAAGACGCGCUGGAGCUGUGGCUCGCUAUCAUCGAGACGUCACCUACCGCCGACCCAGCCUUGCUGCAACUCGCUCACAACCUCUAUCCAAUACUUGAACCAUCGACAGAGCAUCUACGAGUAGUAGUAUACAUAAUGCAAGCAUAUGCACUCCUAUGUCCUGAGGAAUUCUUCAGUGGACCGGGCGCCAAAUGUAUGACAGUUUUGGACGAUAUGCUCAGUGACUUACGGACUGAGGCAGUGAUAACUGUUCUAAAGAUGGCCGAAAUAUGCAUAAGCGUGAGCUAUCCUGAGCGAAACACGUUUUUGGGAGUUAAGGUCAUAUGGACUACACUAAUUAGGGUAAUACACUGUCUUCUAAAAGGUGACGAUUUACCUAUGGUCCUGUCAGUUCAACUAUGCCUCUUAUCCCGGGUCAUUCUCCUGUCGUCUGAUCUCUUCUAUAAAGCUAUACAGGAGGCGUCAGUAGGCCUCGCGGAAUACGACUCGGAUCCCGCCAAAGUGCUGAACAGGCUUUUACACGUUUGGACGGAGAAAAUGAAUCUUGUUACGCAGGUUGAGAGGUGGAAAGUUAUUGGUUUGGGUCUAGCAGCGUUGUUGACGACACAAAAUGCGACGGUACUGGAGCGAUUUCCUGCUAUAUUGCUUAACUUGACAGAAGUUCUCAACGAUCUUAUGAAAAUGGAUGAAAAUAAUGCCGGCAAUUAUGUUGAUGCCUUAGUAUCUCCGCCGGGGUCUCGGCCUGCUUCUCCAUUAGAGGGUCGCGGGCCUGCGGCGCGUUGGGGCGGUGGGACCGAGGGUGGUGCGGGGGAGGAGGGGGCGGUCACCGCACACGAGCUACGCCGGAGACAGUUCGCAGCCGCCCAGCUUGCCAGGACCCUUGAUCUGCGAGCAGUGACACACCAUCAACUGGAAACACUAAAGGGUCAAGUGGGGCCCGAAACUUUCGAACGACUGUUGCAAUCUACUGAUAAGGACACCUUACAACAGAUAAGAGAAUAUAUACCACUUUGAAUAAUUACCAUUAUAAUAUUAUAUUAUAACAAUUACAUUAUUACUUUUAAAAAAAUGGAAUACAUUUAUUUUACAUUAGGUUUUUGAAAACUAUAACUGUUAAACUAUCAACAGUAAAAUCAAUUUUAUGUGAAAUAUACAAAAAACUAAUUAUAUCUGAAAAAAAAAACAAUUGUGAGUUACUAUACUUUAGAAAUUUGAGAUACUUAUGCAUUUUUAUUCAGUACUAAGCGACUGUUAAUGCCAUCUAGUAGCAAUACGUUUCUUCUUUCUUUCUUUCUUUCAAUACGUUCCACUUAAGGAACCAUGGCCUCGUGGACAAAGGACGCAGGUUCAAAUCCUGCCAGUUCUACAAUUUUCGAUAUGUAUUUAAAAUUAUUUUAAAAAAUCCUGGAACUGUAGAACUCCACUCAAAAUUACAUAUAAUAGGUAACAUAAUUAAAAUAUGUGAUGAAAUUUCUAUUUCCUAUAAUAUAGCUUUAAUUCUAAGGUUAUUUUUAUUCUGUAAGUGUCAUUAUCAAACAUUUUCGGUUGGAAACGUUCCAUUCAAGCGAUUCCAUUAAUGAAUGUUCUAUUCGAACUAUCCUUGUACCAAAUGUCAAAAUCGGUUAUACAGAUGACCCGUGAAAAGCUAGCAGUUAGAUAUACAGACUAUCGACAAACCAAUAAACCAACAAACAAAUACUUUAUAAUUAUGGGUAAUGAUUGUUCAGAAAUAUCUGUUUAUUGAUCUAAAUAAUGACAUCUACAGAAUAUCUGUAUUUAAAGAAUAAAUGCACACUAUGUAUAGAUUUAUGUUUCAAUAAUAAACUGUAAAUUAGGUAAUCUUACAAUAUGUAAUUUUAUAAUCACUAAGGAAAGUUUAAAACAUUUGCAUAAUACGAAGAAAAAAAUACUUUUUGUUUGAACAAAAAAAUUAAAUACGAUUCGUAAUCUGUUCAUGAAUUCUUUAACUAUAACUUCGAUUAGCCAAAAAGUCAUUUUAUGCGUGUUAACGCAUGUGAUGCAAGACAUAAUGCUGAGCUGACCCAUUUGGGAUGGUGUCACAGAUGAAAAUGUACAUUUGUAUGCUUUGUUUUUAUCUGUGUAACCAACAACAAAUAAAUGCAUUUUCUUUCUUCUUUCUUUCUUCUAUUUCAUAAAUUAUUAAGGUAGGGGCAGACAACGCAUAACUGCGUAGGUUCCUGCGGUAGUGGAGCGGUGCGGGAGGGGUGUGAUGACGUGUCGCAAGAGCUCAGUGAUUUGUCAACUUACUGUGCAACGACCUCCCUGGCGCAGUGGUUAGUACUGUGGUCUUAUUAAUGGGAGGUCCCGGGUUCAAUUCCCGGCCCGGUGGAAUUUUAUAAUUUCUAAAUCUCUGGUCUGCUCUGGUGGGAGGCUUCGGCCGUGGCUAGUUAUCAAAUCAAAGAGGUAUGGAUUUAAUAAAAACUGCCAUACCCCUUUCAGGUUAGCCCGCUUCCAUCUUAGACGGCAUCAUGACUUACCACCCGGUGAGAUUGCGGUCAAGGGCUAACUUGUAUCUGAAUAAUAAUAAAAACCUGCAUCGCUUCACUACUGCAAAAACCUACUCAAUUAUGCGCUAUACCUACAGUUUGUAUGUAUAUUAUUAACGUUAUUCAAAUAUUAUUUAUAUAUUUGAACAAUACGGUUAGACCUAAGAAACAAUUUUAUUAAAAACUUAUUAAUGUAAUAUUGUACGAUACAUUAGUACUGUAUGAAAUACACUUAUGCAUAAUAAUAUGUAUUUAUAUACUUAAUUAUAUUUUUACUGCUUAAAAUAUUUUUUUAUUAUUAUGGGCCAUGUCCACAUAGAAAAGUAAAGUUUUUUACUAGCGCAAUAGAUUUAAAAUUGGCCUAAACUCUUCUCAUUUUGAGAGGAGAUACGUGGUCAGGUAGUGAGCUGGUUUUGUUGAUUAGUGGAGAUGAUUUCUAAAAAUUUCUUAGUGGUUUAUGUAAUUUCUUUAACUUUUUUUUACCAAACUAUACCCCGCCGCAAUAAAAUAGCAUAAUAUACGGUCGAUUUUGAUCAAAACCACGAAUGGAUGAAAUGAUUAAAUGAACUUUUGAGGUAUUGUCGUGCUUUCAUUGUGAUACCUACAUAAAAUUGACUAUAGGCGUAAAGCCUGCUUUCCACAGCUAGCUAGCGAUAAUAAAAGAUAAAGUUCGUAUCUAGUAAAGAAAAUGUUACCUUAUUUACGUUUGUUAUAAAGGAAGAUCUGCAUUACAAACCAUAUUAUAAUGUAAAUAACGAAUACGUAGCACGAUUAAUACGCCUGGUAUAGUACGCGAUAUGUCAAUAGGGAUAUGAGGCGGGCUGACGCCCCGCACACGCGCACGCCACCCGCGCUAUCCUGCGCCGGAUUAGCCCGGGGCUGUGCGGGUGUGCGGGGUGUCCCCACCCAAUUGCUAUCUUGACCUGUCGCGUACUAUACUUACGUUAUAAUAAUAUUAUGUUGUUAAACCAUGAAAUAAGCCUAAAAUCAUUAGAUUACAAACCAUGUUUAACUUUUGAGGUAAAAGGUGGUGAGAUAGGGCCUUAAAACCGGAAAAACUUUAGACGACUUUAAUGUUAUAAUUAUGUUUAUAUAUUUGGUAACAAAGCUUGUCUUCUAUAAUAGUUUUAUGAAUACAUUGUGGGGUUUCAUCGUGAAGGUAAUUUGAUAUGAAGCUAGGAAUUUGUAUAAUGGUUGCCUAUUCGGUUGUACACAUAUUAUCUUUAAAUGGACAGUUCUAAAAGUAGUGCUAUCCAUUUUCUGCAGAUUAUUAUGGAAUAGUACAUUGUGAUACGUGUGACUUAAUGCAUAGCGUGAGUUUUAUCCGUACAAUCAUAAACUUGCUUAUUACACGAGUAUCAUAAUAUUAUAAGCUCGUGUGACCUAAAUCCGCACAACGAUUGUCCGUAUUUAACACCUUGAUAAAACGUAUUAUUGCACGAUGUUCAACUAGACUACUUAAUAUACAAGGAAAUACAAGCUUACUUUGCUUAGAAUCCGCCAAAACAGACAAAAUAUGGUACAACUUGCAGCAUGUGAUGUACAAACUGCUAAAGAAGUAGGAAAAGCUAGGAAUACACACCACACAAAUUUUGUAGAAAAUCUUCCACGUUGUACUGUUUUGGCGGAUUAUAGCAAAUUGAACCUGCAGUUCCUUGAAAUUCCGUAAAGUAACGCCUGCUUCUAUCGCCUUCUAUCCAACGGUAGACUACAUUAAGUAUUUAAAGCGUUAAUUGAGUGCGGGCUUGGGUCAUAUUUGCUAUAAAGCAUUUAUACUUUUAGACCUGUUAAUAGAUUUAUGUACAACAGAAUAAACACCAUUGUCGAAAAUUAUGAGUGUAAAUUAAUCAUCUAUGAUUUUUAAGAUAAUAAAUGAAAAUUGAGAUAUAUCGCUUUGCAUCUCUUCGCGCUUCCGGUGGAACACCGCAUUAUAAUAAGGUAAAACUAGAUUAUCUAGGUUACCUUACUUAUAAACACGAUUUUGUUAAGUCCUAUGAAAAUAUUAUUAUAGAGAAAUUAAAUUAAACAGUUUUACAAUGA